AUGCAGGAAAAAAUUAGUGACAGUGGCCAUAACCUCUUUCUAUUUAAUAUAGGCCGAGAAUCACCUAUUGCAGACAGACGUGUUUUGUCAGAAAUAUGGAGGAAUAGAAGGUUGAUGGCAUCACCUAAUGGGACGCAUGAAGAAAAGAACUGUACAGAGCCAGCCAUUAAUGAAUUUCCUGAAGAUGUGUUUACAAAUAAAGAACGGCAGCAAGGAGGGGUUCUGCUUCAUAUCAUUGCCGCUCUUUAUAUGUUCUAUGCUUUGGCUAUAGUAUGUGAUGACUUCUUUGUUCCAUCCUUAGAGAAAAUUUGUGAGAAACUACAUUUGAGUGAAGAUGUUGCUGGAGCCACAUUCAUGGCAGCAGGGAGCUCCACUCCAGAACUGUUUGCAUCUGUUAUAGGAGUAUUUAUCACUCAUGGAGAUGUAGGAGUAGGGACCAUCGUCGGUUUAGCAGUUUUCAACAUCCUCUGCAUUGUCGGUGUCUGUGGGCGUGUCUGUGGACUGUUUGCAGGACAGGUGGUUCGUCUCACCCAGUGGGCUGUGUUCCGGGACUCUGCGUACUACACGAUAUCUGUGAUCAUACUUAUUGUUUUCAUAUAUGAUGAGAAAAUAGAAUGGUGGGAAAGCCUUGUACUCAUCAUUAUGUAUUCAUUCUACAUACUUAUCAUGAAGUACAAUGCGAGGAUGCAAAGUUUCUUUAGCCUUAAAAGCAAGAAUGUCGGAAAUGGUGACACAGUCAACAAUGAGAUGGAAGAUGGUAAUAAAUGUUAUACCUCUAGUUGUGAUGACCCGUCCAUUCCAUUACUAUGCAAAGUGAAGGGGAUGCAGCAGUAUGGCAGAAACAGUGUUGUGAUGGUGGAUGAGAUCAUCUGCUCCAGUCCCCCCAAAUACCGGUUCCCUGAAGCUGGAUUACGGAUUAUGAUUACAAAUAAGUUUGGACCACGCACCAGAAUGCGGAUGGCAAGCCGACUCAUCAUUAAUGAGCGUCAGCGGUUAAUCCAAUCUGCCAACGGCUCGAGCAAACCACUUCAGAAUGGGAGACAUCAGAAUAUUGAAAAUGGGAACAUCCCUGUGGUGAACCAAGAGGAGGAAAAUGAACAGGACAAUCUAUCUCCCUUUUCAGUGCCAGAUGGAAAAAUGAACAAAAUUAAAUGGAUUUUGACAUGGCCGUUGAUAUUCUUGCUCUUUUGCACCAUUCCAAACUGCAGCAAACCUCGCUGGGAGAAGUGUUUUAUGGUGACAUUCAUCUUAUCCACUCUCUGGAUUGCCUUGUUCUCCUACUUCAUGGUGUGGAUGGUGACUGUGAUUGGAUACACCCUUGGGAUCCCAGAUGUGAUCAUGGGCAUUACUUUCCUAGCUGCAGGAACAAGCGUCCCAGACUGCAUGGCCAGUUUAAUAGUAGCAAGACAAGGCCUCGGUGACAUGGCAGUAUCCAACACAAUAGGAAGCAAUGUCUUUGACAUUCUGGUGGGCCUUGGUGUUCCGUGGGGUUUGCAGACCAUGGCGAUUGAUUCUGGAUCAACUGUUAAGAUAAACAGCAAAGGACUGGUCUAUUCAGUUGCACUUUUGCUAGGAUCAGUUGCACUUACGGUGUUUGGAAUCCAUGUAAAUAAGUGGAAACUUGACAGGAAAUUAGGCAUCUACGUGUUGUUUCUUUAUGCUGUUUUCCUGUGUUUCUCUAUAUUGAUAGAGUUUAAUGUCUUCACCUUUGUCAACUUCCCUAUGUGCCGAGAAGAACUUUAAACCACAACAAGGAGAGAGGCUGAAAUUCUUCUGAUUACAUGUGCUGUAAAUGAGAGGAGGCAUUUCACAUUUCUACCUUCUUUCCAUCAGUAAUUUGAGUGUCGUUCCUGCUUCAUCAGCUAACAAGCACUUUUACCUGUGUGGAAGGAAAGCAUACCUUUCUUUCAACAUGCUAGCUCGAGGCAACCAAAGCAUUUUCCUCCUCUUUGGAUAUUGCUGCUCA